CAUGGCCGCGCCGGGCCCCGACGGGUUCCAGUUCGCCAUCGACCGCGGCGGCACCUUCACCGACGUGUUCGCCCGCUGCCCCGGGGGCCGCGUCCGCGUCCUCAAGCUGCUCUCGGAGGACCCGGGCUACGACGACGCGCCCACCGAGGGCAUCCGCCGCGUCCUCCAGGAGGAAUGCGGGGUGGCGAUGCCCCGCGAGCGCCCGCUGGACACUUCGCGCAUCGAGUGGAUCCGCAUGGGCACCACGGUGGCCACCAACGCCCUCCUGGAGCGCCGCGGCGAGCGGGUGGCCCUGCUCGUCACCCGCGGCUUCCGCGACCUGCUGCACAUCGGCAACCAGGCGCGGCCGCGCAUCUUCGACCUGGAGGUGGCGGUGCCCGAGGUGCUGUACGAGGAGGUGAUCGAGGUGGACGAGCGGCUCAUCCCCUGCCAGCCCGGCUGCCAGCUCCCGGGCAAGGAGGCCCUGGAGGUGCUGGCAGGCUCCACGGGGGACUCCCUGCUGCUGCAGCGGCCCCUGGACCUGUCGGCGCUGCGGAGGGACCUGGAGGGCGUGCUGGCCCGCGGCGUCCGCAGCCUGGCCGUGCUGCUGCUGCACUCCUACGCCUGGCCGGGCCACGAGCAGCAGGUCGGGGCGCUGGCGCGGGAGCUGGGCUUCGAGCACGUGUCGCUGUCCUCCUCGGUGAUGGCCAUGGCGCGGGCCGUGCCGCGGGGCUACACGGCCUGCGCGGACGCCUACCUCACCCCCUGCAUCCGGCGCUACCUGGAGAGCUUCCGCGCCGGCUUCGCCGGGCAGCUGCGGGACGUGCCGGUGCUCUUCAUGCGCUCCGACGGCGGCCUCACCCCCAUGGGGCAGUUCAGCGGGGCCCGCGCCAUCCUCUCGGGGCCGGCGGGCGGCGUGGUGGGCUACGCCGCCACCACCUACCGCCGCGGGGACGGGCGGCCCGUCAUCGGCUUCGACAUGGGAGGCACCUCCACGGACGUCAGCCGCUACGCCGGGGACUACGAGCACGUCUUCGAGGCCACCACGGCCGGCGUCAGCAUCCAGGCCCCCCAGCUCGACAUCAACACGGUGGCGGCCGGCGGCGGCUCCAUGCUCUUCUUCAGGUCCGGGCUCUUCGUGGUCGGCCCCGAGUCCGCGGGGGCCCAUCCCGGCCCCGCUUGCUACCGGAAAGGCGGGCCGCCGACCGUCACCGACGCCAACCUCUGCCUGGGCCGCCUGCUCCCGCGGUACUUCCCGCGCAUCUUCGGCCCGGGCGAGGACCAGCCGCUGUCCCGGGACGCGGCGCUGCGGGCCCUCCGGGAGCUGGCCGCCCGCGUCAACGCCUUCCCGGCCGGCCCCGGCCCCCGGGCCCCGCUCUCCGUCGAGGAGGUGGCCAUGGGCUUCAUCCGGGUGGCCAACGAGGCCAUGUGCCGGCCCAUCCGCUCCCUGACGCAGGCGCGAGGCCACGACACGUCGCGCCACGUGCUGGCCUGCUUCGGGGGCGCGGGGGGGCAGCACGCCUGCGCCAUCGCCCGAGCCCUGGGCAUGAAGGAGGUCUUCAUCCACAAGUACAGCGGGAUCCUCUCGGCCUACGGCAUGGCCCUGGCGGACGUGGUGCACGAGGCGCAGGCGCCCUGCGCCCUGCGCUACGAGCCCGGCGCCUUCGCCCGCCUGGACGGGCGCAUCGCGGCCCUGGAGCAGGAGUGCGUGGAGGCGCUGCGGGCGCAGGGCUUCUCCAGCUCCCAGAUCUGCACGGAGGCCUUCCUGCACCUGCGCUACGAGCGCACCGACUGUGCCCUCAUGUGCUCGGCCAAGGGGCACCCGGCCACGCCGCAGUCCUGCCGCGCCGGGGAUUUCCGUGCCGCCUUCGCCAGCAGGUACAUGACGGAGUUCGGCUUCACCAUCCCCGACCGCGCCGUGGUGGUGGACGACGUGCGGGUUAGGGGCACGGGCAGCACUGGGAUCAGCUGCGAGACCCCCCUGGCCCCCAGCGGGAAGCCGGCCCGCGUGGAGACGGUGACGCGGUGCUACUUCGAGGACGGCUACCUGGAGACGCCGGUGUACCUGCUGGAGGAGCUCGCCUGCGACCACUCCAUCCCCGGCCCCAGUAUCAUCAUCGAUAAGAACAGCACCAUCCUGAUCGAGCCGGGCUGCACCGCCAGCCUCACGCGCUUCGGGGACGUCUGCAUCGCCGUCGGCUCCGGGAAGCCGAGCCCCGUCGGCACCCAGCUCGACGCCAUCCAGCUCUCCAUCUUCUCCCACCGCUUCAUGAGCAUCGCAGAGCAGAUGGGCCGCAUCCUGCAGCGGACAGCCAUCUCCACCAACAUCAAGGAGCGGCUGGACUUCUCCUGCGCGCUCUUCGGGCCGGACGGGGGGCUGGUGUCCAACGCCCCCCACAUCCCCGUGCACCUGGGCGCCAUGCAGGAGACCGUCCAGUUCCAGAUUCGCAACCUCGGCGAGGACCUCCGAGAGGGCGACGUGAUCCUCAGCAACCACCCGUGCGCGGGGGGCAGCCACCUGCCCGACCUCACCGUCAUCACUCCUGUCUUCUGGGCCGGCGUCCCCAAGCCCGUGUUCUUCGUGGCCAGCCGCGGGCACCACGCGGACAUCGGGGGCAUCACCCCCGGCUCCAUGCCGCCCCACUCCAAGACGCUGCGGGAGGAGGGAGCCGUAUUCGUCUCCUUCAAGCUGGUGAAGGAUGGCGUCUUCCAGGAGGAGGCGGUGACCGAAGCCCUGAUGGCGCCCGGCCGCAUCCCCGGCAGCAGCGGCACCCGCAACCUCCAGGACAACCUGUCGGACCUGCGGGCCCAGGUGGCCGCCAACCAGAAGGGCAUCCAGCUGGUCAACGAGCUCAUCGAGCUCUACGGCCUCCAGGUGGUCCAGGCCUACAUGGCCCACAUCCAGGCCAACGCCGAGGUGGCCGUGCGCGAGAUGCUCAAGGGCUUCGCCGCCCGCUGGGGCACGUCGGUGGAGGCUGAGGACCACAUGGACGACGGCUCGCCCAUCCGGCUGCGGGUGCAGGUGGACCCGCAGGAGGGCAGCGCCGUGUUCGACUUCUCCGGCUCCGGCCACGAGGUGUACGGGAACUGCAACGCCCCGCGCGCCAUCACCCUCUCCGCCCUCAUCUACUGCCUGCGCUGCAUGGUGGGGCAGGACAUCCCGCUCAACCAGGGCUGCCUGGCCCCCGUGCGGGUGGUCAUCCCCAAGGGCUCCAUCCUGGACCCCUCACCCGAGGCCGCCGUGGUGGGGGGCAACGUGCUCACCUCCCAGCGGGUGGUGGACGUCAUCCUCAAGGCUUUCGGGGUCUGCGCCGCCUCCCAGGGCUGCAUGAACAACGUCACCUUCGGGAACGAGCGCGUGGGCUACUACGAGACGGUGGCGGGGGGCGCGGGCGCCGGCCCCCGCUGGCACGGCCGCAGCGGGGUGCACACCCACAUGACCAACACCCGCAUCACCGACCCCGAGAUCCUGGAGCAGCGGUACCCGGUGGUGCUGCGGCGCUUCGAGCUGAGCCGGGGCUCGGGGGGCGCGGGGCGCUUCCGCGGCGGCGACGGGGUGCUGCGGGAGCUGCUCUUCCGCGAGGACGCGGUGCUGUCGGUGCUGAGCGAGCGCCGCGCCGUCCGGCCCUACGGCCUGCAAGGGGGCAGCCCCGGCUCCCCGGGGCUCAACCUGCUGCUGCGCCGCGACGGCCGAACCCUCAACCUGGGCAGCAAGACGUCGGUGCCGGUGCGGCCGGGGGACGUGUUUUGUCUGCGGACGCCUGGCGGCGGCGGCUUUGGGGCACCCGGCACCGCGGGAGACCCCGAGGACGGCGCGGAGCCGACGGCGCCCCGCAGCUUCGCGGAGCGUGGGAGCCUCUUCGACUACCGGCGGGCGCAGGAGGCCGUGUGAGGGGGCCCGUGCCCUCCCCGGCCCCAGCCGCCCGCGGUGGGGCGGCCCUGGAUGCGCACGCCCCACGGGGCAGCCCUGGGCACAUGUACCCUGUGGGGUGACCUGGCCCCUGGUAUGCACAUGCCAUGGGGCAGCCCUGGGUACAUGUACCCUAUGGGGUGACCUGGCCCCUGGUAUGCGCACGCCAUGGGGCAGCCCUGGGUACAUGUACCCUAUGGGGUGACCUGGCCCCUGGUAUGCACACGCCAUGAGGCAGCCCUGGGCACAUGUACCCUGUGGGGUGACCUGGCCCCUGGUAUGCACAUGCCAUGGGGCAGCCCUGGGCACAUGUACCCUGUGGGGUGACCUGGCCUCCAGCAUGCGCACGCCGUGGGGCAGCCCUGGGCACAUGUACCCUAUGGGGUGACCUGGCCCCUGGUAUGCACAUGCCAUGAGGCAGCCCUGGGUACAUGUACCCUGUGGGGUGACCUGGCCCCUGGUAUGCACAUGCCAUGGGGCAGCCCUGGGCACAUGUACCCUGUGGGGUGACCUGGCCUCCAGCAUGCGCACGCCGUGGGGCAGCCCUGGGCACAUGUACCCUAUGGGGUGACCUGGCCCCUGGUAUGCACACGCCAUGGGGCAGCCCUGGGCACAUGUACCCUAUGGGGUGACCUGGCCCCUGGUAUGCACACCCCAUGGGGUAGCCCUGGGCACAUGUACCCUAUGGGGUGACCUGGCCCCUGGUAUGCACACCCCAUGGGGUAGCCCUGGGCACAUGUACCCUAUGGGGUGACCUGGCCCCUGGUAUGCACACGCCAUGGGGCAGCCCUGGGUACAUGUACCCUGUGGGGUGACCUGGCCCCUGGUAUGCACAUGCCAUGGGGCAGCCCUGGGUACAUGUACCCUGUGGGGUGACCUGGCCCCUGGUAUGCACACCCCAUAGGGUAGCCCCAGCCUUGGGCACAUGCACCCCAGGGGCAGCCCCAGGCACAGGCGCCCUGUGGGGCGGCUGCAUGUGCUGACCUGGCCCUAGGUAUGAGCACUCCGUGCGCCCCAGGUUUGUGCCUGCUGUGGGGCAGCUCUAACCCACAGAGUAGCCGUAACCCCAGGUACAUGCCCCCAAAGGGCAGCCCUAGCCGCAGGUACACACCCCCUGGGGGGUGACCUGGCCUCUGAUACGCACACGCUGUGGGGCAGCCCUCAACCCCACAUACACACAUUCCAAGGGGCAGUCCCCCAGCCCCAGCUACAUAUCCCAUGGGGUGGCUGCAGCCACAGGUACAUGUGCCCCAUGGGGGUCCUGCCCUACACUCCCAGGCAGGGGGGACUUAGAGCCACUCCGCCAUGGGGCAGGGCACAGGCUGCCAUGGCAGGGCCUGCCCUCUCCUCCCUGGCCCCACAGCGCUGCCCUGGCAUUCACACUUGUGCCUCACCGCCCCCAGCUCCUGCAGCAUCCCGGUGCCCAUGGGGCGGAUGGGGCGGGCGGAGGGGAUGAGCCCUGUGCUGUGGCCCUCACCGUGCCUCACGAGCUCGGUGCCUUCCAAUAAAAGCACCUUCAGAGCCUG